AUGUCAACCAAUCUGAAUUCAGAAUCAAUUACAAAUCAAGAUACCCAAGUUGAUCCAAGUAUUCAUAAAUUUGAAAAUGAUGUUUUAUUAAAUGAAAAUGUUUCAAAAUUAGCUUUGACAAAAGUUAAUGGUCCUUAUCAAAUACAUUUUGAAUAUUGGAAACAAUUUUUGAUGAUAAUGAAAGAAGAUCCAUCAUAUAAUGUUAACAAUAAGUUAAUUAAACAUUUAGAAUUUGUUGAACAUAAUGCUGGUACUACUACAUUGACAACAGAUAAAUCAAUGUUAAAAUUUUCAUUAUUUACCUUUGAAAAAGUUUUACAACUUGCUUAUGGUAAUAAUAAUUUUUCAUCUGGAGAAAUUUUAAAUGGAGUUAACUUGAAUGAUUCAGGAAAUGAAUUUGAAGAAUCAACCAAAGUAGAUGAAAAAUCAACAAAAGAAGAUGAGUUUAACAUGAAAUUUAUGGAAUUUGAAAAAAAAGUGUCUGAAAAAGGUUCAUUAGCGCUUAAUAAAAUACAAGCAGCAUUUGCAUCAUAUUUUGAAAAUUUACCCGAAGGUGAUAGAACUAUCUUUAGUGAAUACAUUAGUUUGGGUUUUGAAGAAGUUAUGGAAAAAGUCAAGGAAGUGUAUAAAAACAACCUUAUACAAAGAGGUGCUUCUGCUUAG